AUGACGGACUCUGGUACGAAAGCCAAUCGACCAGCCAAGGUUGCUCGCACGAUCAGCAGGGGGCCGCCGCCUUCUAUUACGAUGUCACCGCGCUAG